AAAGGAAAGGAAAGGAAAGGAAAGGAUGGAUGGAUCACUUAGUAACUGUGUUUACACAACAAAUUUACCCUGAGUUGCACGUUUGCUGGAUUGCUAGACAACAGUGAAACGUAAACCAAAGAGCCUGGAUUUCCAGAACAGGUCAAGCUACUCCCCAGAUUAACUCCCCAGAUUCAGUCUUCUAACUAAGUUUAGCCUGUUCUGCAAAAGCUUCUUCUCCCAACCCUUCGGAUGGUUGCCAAUGCAAGCGGAGAAACUCUAUGCAAGAUAACACAAGCAGAUGUACAUAUCAAAAGCUGAUGCACCCAGCGGCAGGGUCUGCAGACACCCACCCUGGUCUGAGCAGAAGGUCUCCAGGAGUUUGGAGGGGUGAAGAUGCGUAGGGUCAGCCUUCUGGUGUUCUGGCUGGGCUGCUUAGUGCCCUCGUCGGAGGGCGUAAACCCAGGAUUUGCAGGCAGAAUCACCAGGAAAGGAUUGGAUUAUGCAUGCCAAGAGGGAGUCGCAACCUUGCGGAAGGACUUGCCUGCGAUCAUUCUGCCCGAAUUCUCUGGCACCUACAGAGUGAAAAUUAUUGGAAAUGUCAACUACAGGUUCUACAGACUGAACUUUCGUAGGUUCGAGCUGUUCCACUCAACAAUUGAGCCCAUGCCGGGCCAGGGCCUCAGGGUCUCCAUCAGCAAUGCUUUGGCUGAAAUGACCGGCCAUUGGGAGCUGAAGAAACGUUGGCUGAAGGAUGAUGGCUCCUUUGAACUGAAGGUUGACGGCAUCUCCAUCUCUGUGGGCUUGAAGCUGGGGAGCGAUGCCACCGGGAGACCAACGGUUACCACCUUGGAUUGCAACACCCACAUUUCCAAUGUCGACAUUGAUAUUUCUGGCAAAUGGGAGUGGCUGUAUAACCUCUUCGAAACCAAGGUUGAAUCAGCUUUCAAGACAGUCAUGGAAAGCAAGAUAUGUGAGAUAGUGAGAACUUCCAUUAACUCCAAACUGCAGCCCCAUCUUCAGUCAUUGCCAGUUACCGCCAAUAUCGACCACACAUCAAACAUUGAUUAUUCUCUGGUUGGGCCACCAGUUGCGACAAGUGAUUGUGUAGACCUGGACCUCAAGGGUGAAUUCUUCUCCACCGGCCAUCGCUCUCCUGCUCCUUUCCCACCGCCUCCUCUCUCUUUCCCGGUGGAUCACGACCGCAUGGUCCAGUUUGGGAUCUCCACUUACUUCUUCAACACAGCUGGCGACGUCUACUACAAAGCAGAAUCCCUGACCUUCUGGGUCGUGGAUGAGAUGGUUCCUCAGGAGAUCAAAAUCCGGCUGAACACCUCCUCCUUCCAACCCUUCAUCCCGCAGCUGAAGAAGCUCUACCACAACAUGCCGAUGAAGCUGAAGGUCUCCCCUUCUUCGGCCCCAUCUCUGAGCAUCACCCCCGAAACCCUCUCGCUGACCCCUUCGGUUGACAUCCAGGCCUUUGCGAUUCUCCCAAAUUCUUUCCUGGCGCCCCUCUUUCUGAUCGGAGUGACCAGCCCAGUUUCUGCCAAAGUUGCUGUCAAUUCUACCAGGAUCUUUGGGAACCUGAAGCUUGGCAGGUUGAAGUUCUCCUUAAAGCACUCAGAUGUUGGGUUCUUCUCGGUACAAGUGUUGGAAUCCCUCAUAAACUUCCUUACGGCCAGCAUCCUAAUUCCACAGAUGAAUGCCCGUCUGGCUGAAGGAUUUCCCCUCCCCCUCCUGGAUCACCUGGAGCUCUCCAACCCCAUCCUUCAGGCUCACCAGGAUUUCCUGGUCUUUGCAUCGGACGUGCGCUACGGAUAGAGAAGGUGCAGAGGAGAAACAGAGAAAAAUAGGAGGAAAAAAUAGGAGGAAUAUUAUCCCUACUCCUGGUUCCACUGGAGUUCAGUUUGGGGUUCUGCAGAAAAUUCUCCAGGAACAGCCCUUUUCACAUGGAAUUCUCUCCCCCCCCCCCAAUCUCAAAGACUGCCAAGGACCCUUCAGUUCAUCCCUGAGCUACAAAUAUUCCUGCCUAUUGGAGUUAACAUUUGUGUUUGCCCGUGCUUUCAGCCAUUUGCACCUUUGGACAGCUCAAAAUAAUAAUAAAAAAAUCAACUGGAGGAAAAUCCUAGACAA